GUCACGACGAUCGCAGUGGCAACGCAAAAGUCAGCAACAUUUUGCUGUUGUCUCAGCAUUGUUCAUAACGCAAACGUACGUUGACUCGAGCGAGUCGUUGGAUGGGCGAUCAGUGGAUGGCGCGCGCAAAUCAAUCGCUUUAAAAUCGACAUUCGAAAGUGAACAUUGUGGCGAAGUGAAUAAGUAAGAAACAAAUAAUAAUAAAAAAUCAAUUAAUAAAAGAUAAAAUUAAUUUUAACAAAAAGUGUUAAACAGCAACAAAGCAGAGCGCCAAUUCGCGCACAGCUGACUUGUACGCGCCGGUCCGAGCGAGUUUCAAGCGAAAAGUAAAUAACAAAAGCAACUUAGUGCCGAAUCAGGUUGAGUGCGUGUGCGCAUGCGUACCUAUGUAUAGUAGUAGACGUGGUCAAGUGCGUGAAGUGCAGUGUCCAUACGCCAGACAAGUGGUCGAAUGGUCGGUUUGGCAGCCAAUUGGUUAAAUAGAUAUACAGAGUAAUAUUGAUUCGAUUUUUACGCGUGCAUAUGGUCAAUGCUACACGGAACGAACUGAUCACAUUUCAGUAUAUUCGCGCACACACACUUACAUACUCGCCUAUCCACUAUCAACAACACAAGUAACAAUUGCCAAGCUUCAAAGAAUAGUGAUAUUAUAUAUAAAUUAGAAAAGUAUGCAAUUUAGUUUUAUAAUGUCGACGACGUAUGUCUGCGGUGCAGCGCGUAGAAGAUGAUCGAAGCCUUUGCCAAUAGUUUAGGAAGUCAUUUGGGGCGACAUCUGUUCUACUGGGCGGUGUCCCAACCGGAAGUGAACGGUCUCAACCUGCGUCUCACCGAGCUUAUCAACAAAUUCCACGGUCCACUUGAACGUGGCGUUCAGGUACUGGACCACCUGCUAACACUCGAGGAGGAUGACUUCAACGGUCAUUGGGGCAGCGCGUAUCGGCACAGUUAUGAGCCCGAAUAUGCGAGUAGCGAUGGCAAUCAGGAAGUGCUGCAACAGCCAGCAAAUAGUCGUGAAAUGCUGUCAUCGGCGACAACAACAACGACAACAGCUGGAGUGUUAGCAGUGACAAGUGGAAAUAUUGUAACAAGUAACAACCGCAUCUCCACCUCAAAUCCAAAUAUGGAAACAUUAAACAAUGGUAAUGGGCUAUUGCUUUCGCCGCCACACAACAAUUCUACAAAUAAUCACCAUCAACAGCAGCAACAACAACGAAGCGCCAUUGCAGCAGUAGGUGCCGGUUCAGCAACGAGUGGUGGCGUCGGCGGCGGUAGUAGCAGCGGAGGUGGCUCUAGCAGCGGCAGCGGUACUGCAACUGGCGGUGGUGAGCAUAAUAUACAAAUAACUCAACCAAUCAGCGCACCAUCAUCGCCCUUGGCGUCCCCUGGUGUUAUUAGCAGCUCGGCGCUCUUCUGUUUGCCAUCGAGCUCCUCGGGUGCUACGACAGGCGGUAGUAGUAGCAGCAGUGGUGGUGGUAGCGGCAGUGGUUCGUAUGUUUGUUCAGCCGGUGCUGCAAAUCAAAUAAGCAAUGCAGCUACGAACGCCAUCGACACAGCUGAUCCUAACUGGCAGGCCACCAAAGCGACGGUGCUGGAGCGGAACGCGGCUAUGUUUAACAAUGAAUUGAUGUCGGAUGUCAAAUUUGUUGUGGGGGGAGAGUUCGCAGAUUGUGUACAAACAAUACCGGCACACAAGUACAUUUUAGCCACGGGUAGUUCAGUAUUUUACGCUAUGUUUUAUGGUGGUUUGGCCGAGAAUAAACAGGAAAUUAAAGUGCCUGAUGUGGAGCCAUCGGCGUUUUUAACGCUGUUAAGAUAUCUAUAUUGUGAUGAGAUUCAAUUGGAACCUGAUAACAUAUUGGCCACUUUGUAUGCAGCCAAAAAGUAUAUUGUGCCACACUUAGCACGCGCCUGCGUCAAUUAUUUAGAGGUUAAAUUGACGGCAAAAAACGCCUGUCUACUUCUCAGUCAAUCGCGUCUUUUCGAAGAGCCCGAGCUGAUGCAGCGUUGCUGGGAAGUAAUCGAUGCACAAGCCGAAAUGGCGAUUAAAUCGGAAGACUUUGUCGACAUCGACCUAAAGACAUUCGAGUCGAUAUUGUCGCGCGAGACGCUCAACUGCAAGGAGAUACAUCUCUUUGAGGCAGCGCUCAAUUGGGCUCUGAAUGCUUGCCAGAAGAUGGGCGUUGACGUGACGGCACAGAAUAAGCGUAGCAUGUUGGGUCAAGCAUUACAUUUAAUACGCAUACCAACCAUGACGUUGGAAGAGUUCGCAAAUGGCGUCGCGCAGACGGGCAUACUCACAUCACAAGAGACUAUUGAUAUAUUUUUGCAUUUUACGGCACAAUCAAAACCGCAUUUAAGUUUUCCUACACGUGCGCGUGCAGGCCUCAAGACGCAAGUAUGUCAUCGCUUUCAGUCGUGCGCAUAUCGCUCCAAUCAGUGGCGUUACCGCGGGCGUUGCGAUUCCAUACAAUUCUCGGUGGAUCGCAGAAUCUUCAUUGUUGGCUUCGGCCUAUACGGUUCCUCGACCGGUGCUGCUAAUUAUAAUGUGAAAAUCGAAUUGAAACGUUUGGGACGCACGCUCGCAGAAAACGACACAAAGUUCUUUUCGGAUGGUUCAAGCAACACAUUCCACGUAUUUUUUGAGAACCCUAUACAAAUUGAACCCGAGUGCUAUUACACCGCAUCCGUUAUACUCGACGGCAACGAACUGAGCUUCUUCGGUCAGGAGGGCAUGUCCGAAGUGUGCAUGGGCAAUGUAACUUUUCAGUUCCAAUGCUCAUCGGAAAGCACCAAUGGUACUGGUGUGCAGGGCGGUCAAAUUCCAGAACUGAUAUUUUACGGACCAACAGCAGUAACGGCAUUAAGCUCACCAACUAACUCACUGUGCCCUACACCGAUUGGUACGGGCAGCGGCGGCGCAGGCGGUGGCGUACCGAUUAGCGGUGGCUUACAUGUGAAUUGUGAUGACUUAUUGGGUAGUGGCAGCAGUGACGGUGGCGGUAGUGGUGCUUUGAGCGCAUGAGAAAUAUUGGAAUAUUGCAAGAGAGAUGAGUCAGAACUCUUUUGAACAAUGCGUUUGUAACAAAAAUGGCAAUCUAUGGUUUUUCAAUGUGAAAUUUACAAAGAAACUAUAAUGAUAAAUAGUUUAUACAUACAUACAUAUGUAGUAGUAGUAGGAAGCGAGCGAACAGACAACCAAAUACAAUUAAAUACAGGCAAUAUUUACAAAUACAUACAUGAAAUGAAUGCAAGCAAUGCCAAAAUAUAUGCAUUGCAGGGAAAUUGCUUACUGCUAAACUAAAGUUAAAUUUUGCAUAUGUAUAAUAAUGCAAUUGAAAGUCUAAAAAUGUAUAUGUAGACAAAACGCACCUGCCUUCAUUUGUUGAAGUUAAGGUAAGGGAAAAGGCAAUCAAAUUUGGUAAAAAAAAAUUCUAAAGGCACAAAAAAAUACUAAACAAAGUCUGUUACUAAUAUUACGUACGAUUUUGAAAGACUUGUAGAGUGUAGAAUUUUUGAAAAAACGUAAACAAUAACCUGGGAAAUGAAGUAAACAAAAAAGCAAUUGCAUAAUACACAUAUACCUACAUAUAUGAAUUCAUACAUUACAAAAACAAAAUUUAAAUCAAAAAAGUGGAGAAUUUUACAAAACAAAAAAGCAGUUAUGUAUUUAUCUAAAAUAAAUCCUGUUGAAUAACGACACAGGGUCAGGCUAUUAGGUUGAAAAUGUUUAAAAAAAAGUUUACAUAUGUACAUACAUAUUACACUCACAGACUAUAUACAAUUACAUAAAAAACAUAUACAUAUAUAAAUGCAUACAAGGCAUAUAGUAGUACUUUUUCCACUAGUUUUUUCAUAUACCCAAAAAGAAGUCAAGAAAGAGAAGUAUACUUACACUAUAUUCAUACUAUAUAUACGCAACUAUAAAGCAAAAGUCAUGAUUACAACUCUUUUUGCGUAAAUAACAUUAAAUAUUGUAGUAAUAAUGAGUUGAUUUUGCGAGUAAUUACGAGUUUCAUUAGUAAUGCAAUACAUUUACAAUUAUACAUAGUAUAUUGAUCACAGUCGAAAUAAUCAAUUAGUAUUCACGUAGCAUAUUAGCGUUUGUCCUAUAUACAUGGACAUAAUCAUUAUGAAUAUUGGAAUAUUUUAUGCUUUUUAGUAUGCUAGUUAUCGCUUUAUGAAUUGUAUUUCAUUUCGUAUUUCAACGCCUUGCAUUUGUGCUAAAUAUUCUUCAAGAGUCUUGUGUUGUUCUCAUUUUCUGUGGUUAUGCUGCGUUUGCGUUUUAGCAUUAAGAGGGAAAUGGCCAGUAAUGAGUUAACGCAGCAGUGAAGUGGAGUAUAAGAAUUAUAUUGCACUUCUCUUUGGCUGAACUAUUUGUGCUUUUUUGAUUUUAAAGAUAAGUUAUGACUUUUUGUACUAU